AAGUCGUCGUAAUUUGGUCUAUUCAUUCUUAUAUUCAAUUAUUUUCUUCAUUUUUUUUAAUACCCAUCUUAUAAAUUCCUAUAUAAAAGGCAUUGCUAGCAACUUAGAUUUUCCAAGCAGCUGAAUUGAAGCUUAGAAUUUGGGGAAUUCACUUUGAAGGUGUUUGAAGUGAAGAUCUGAGGUAAUGGCUAAAGAGGGUUCCAAUGGAAAUUCUCAUAUUUCCUCAAAGCCACCACCGACUCCAUCUCCUUUGAGAAGUGCCAAAUUUUUUCAGGCAAAUAUGAGAAUUUUGGUGACUGGAGGAGCUGGGUUCAUUGGCUCACACCUGGUCGACAAGUUGAUGCAAAAUGAGAAGAAUGAGGUUAUUGUUGCUGAUAACUACUUCACUGGAUCGAAGGAUAACUUGAAAAAAUGGAUUGGCCACCCGAGAUUUGAGCUUAUCCGACAUGAUGUCACUGAGCCGUUGUUGAUUGAAGUUGACCAAAUAUACCAUCUUGCUUGCCCGGCAUCUCCAAUUUUCUACAAGUACAACCCUGUCAAGACUAUUAAAACGAAUGUAAUCGGCACACUGAACAUGUUGGGACUUGCCAAGCGUGUUGGAGCAAGGAUUUUGCUUACCUCCACAUCCGAGGUAUAUGGAGAUCCGCUCAUUCAUCCGCAAGACGAAAGCUACUGGGGAAAUGUCAACCCAAUUGGUGUAAGAAGUUGCUAUGAUGAGGGCAAGCGAGUGGCCGAAACUCUGAUGUUUGACUACCACAGGCAACAUGGGAUCGAGAUAAGGAUUGCAAGGAUUUUUAACACCUAUGGACCCCGGAUGAAUAUAGAUGACGGUCGUGUCGUCAGCAACUUCAUUGCUCAAGCAAUCCGUAGCGAGCCUUUGACAGUUCAAGCACCCGGAACACAGACAAGAAGUUUCUGUUAUGUCUCUGACAUGGUUGACGGCCUCAUUCGACUAAUGGAGGGUGAUAACACUGGACCAAUCAACAUUGGAAACCCAGGUGAAUUUACAAUGCUCGAACUGGCGGAGACUGUAAAAGAGCUCAUCAACCCUGCUGUGGAGAUCAUCAUGGUGGAGAACACACCCGACGAUCCUCGUCAAAGGAAACCCGACAUCACAAAAGCAAAGGAGUUACUCGGAUGGGAGCCAAAGAUCAAGUUGAGGGAUGGACUUCCGCUCAUGGAGGACGAUUUCCGAACCAGACUCGAAGUCCCAAGAAAAAUAUAAGCUUGUCAACCUCGGUAUAAUGAUGAUGGGGAAAAUGGAGUAGCAAAUGAAUGGAGGAAGUUUGAGGAGAUUGUUGGUUUAGGUGAUGGUUAGGUGUGUUGUGUUCUUUUUAUUAUCUCAGUUGUCUUUAUUUAGAAUAAGUGGCAGUCAGAAUUUUUGUUUCACUAUAUGAUGUUUAUUCUUACGAAGAAAAUAGUAAAAAAAACAAAAACACAAUCUCCACCAUUUUGAAUUUUGGGUUGUAUUCAGUACACAAGCUCACUCACACAUUUAUAUAUAUACAAUUAUAAAGAAGCUUUCAAAGUACAGUUUUUUAAGAA